GGCUCCGGGAGACAUGCACUUACCCAUAUCCGGGUUGGAGAAAAAAAGUUUCAUUUAAACCUGGACGACAAACUUUCAGCAUGAUGCCUCACUGACAGCGCCACAGCCGCGGCUGUCAGCGACUCAUUUCACCGCGGAUUAUUACGAGCAUUACAGCGCUAGAACAUAGCUUCGUUUUUCAAUUGAAGAUUUUUUUCCUGCUUGACUUUUUCCUCUGUCUGUUUUUUGUGUGUGAGAGUGUUCUGCUCGUGGGUCAGUGUCCCUGUCUGAAAUGUUUAAGUGACAAUGGCUGCGCAAGUGGCAUCAGCACCGACGACAACUAAUAAUAAGAAAAAUAAAUUGUCUGGCAGUUUGGGUCAAGAGAUACAUUCGGGGAAAUCGGGAGGAGGAACUAUAUCGAGGUCUGGAGCAAUGCUUGGAGCUGGAGAUGGGACCAACACAAUGAAUAAUGUAGACCAUCACCACCAAAACGAGCUCAACAUGGUCAAUUCAACUUCUCCGAAUAACAAUUCUGACACACGGGAGAAGGAGAGUGGAAAUAACAUAACAUCGUCAAAUUCGACGACCUCUCUGGAGGGAAUGGAGACGGGUUUGAUAGCAAACCAUAAACAGAAAAAUGUGAGUGUAGAUCCCCCUCAGCACCUCACGCCGCCGCAACAGCAGUCACAAUUUAACCCGUUUCCUCAGCAUCAGCAGCACCAGAUACAAAGUAACAACAUCAACAACAGCCAAGCGACAAGGGGAGAGAGUGAGAAUCAGCACCACGGAGGGAAGAGGGGUGUUUUGACGAGCCAGACAGAGCAGCAGAUGCUGAGUAAAGGUGAAGGGGAUCAUACCUGUAAACCAGGGGAGCGAAUGGGUGCCAGGUAUGAACAUGCCAACUUGGGACCAACGACCGACAUCAACAGCCAGCCCCAGAGCGCAGGAGGGGACAGCGCUAUUUCAGAGUUUAAUAACUACUAUGGCACUUCCAGAGUAGGGGCCUGCUAUGAUCAACAUGGCGGACAAAGCACUGGGAUGGGGAUGAUGCACUCCUCGGGACCCAACAACAUGGACUCAGUGCACAACUCCAACGAAGGAUACCACAACAGCCAGUACAACCACUACCCUGGCUACCGGCAGGGCUACGGUGGAGCGGGCUACGGUAUGAUGGCCCCAUCCAGACAGGGCAGUAACAUGCUGAUUGGCCCUGGCAGCAACACUCCAGCUAGCCAUGUCAAGGCUACUAUGGGAGCUGCUUCCUCCGGUUCUGGUGGAAGUGUUGGGGGCUUUCAGAGAUUCCCAGGACAUACUCAGCAUCCCUCGGGAGCCACCCCGACACUAAACCAACUGCUGACGUCUCCAAGUCCAAUGAUGCGAGGUUAUGGCAGUGGCUAUCAUCAAGACUAUAACAGUCCCUCUGCACAACAACAAGCUGGCAUCGGCUUAGGCAAAGACAUGACUUCUCAGUAUGGCUCCACAACCCAUGGCUGGCCAGGGCAACAGAGAAAUCACCCGUCCAUGAGUCCUGGAAACGGAGGGCAAGGUAUCAGCAGACCACAGGUGGCUUCCGUGGACUUCAUGGCUAUGAAGCGCUCCCAUCUUUACGGGAUGGGCAACAACCCCUACUCUCAGCAGCAGCAGGGCGGGCCCUACCCCAGCCAGCCAUACGGAUCGCCCGCUACACACAGAUACCCAAUGGGAAUGCAGGGGAGGGGCCAGGCGGGCAUGGGCGGCAUGCAGUACCCUCAACAGCAGGUUCCCCCCCAGUACGGCCAGCAGGGUAUGGGAGGAUACAGCCAGCAGCAGCAGGGAACACCUCCGGGAUCCUACUUCAGCCCCCCCCAGCAGAACCCCACCGCCCCCACACAGCCCCCCUACCUGCCUCCCCGCGCCCCACCCCAGCAGGAGGCUCCGCAGGAGAGCUACAGAGACAGCACCAGGAGUCAGCAGCAUGUCCCAGGGAAUUCUGGGAAGGCCAACCUUGAGGACAUGGGUCUGAUCCCGCAGGACCGCCCCUCCAGCCUCCCGGACCUGUCUGGCUCCAUAGACGACCUCCCUACAGGGACGGACGCUGGUCACAGUUCAGCCGUCAGUGCUACAGGCUCCACCAGUAGCCAGGGGGAGCAGAGUAACCCGUCCCAGUCACCCUUCUCACCCCACGCAUCACCCCACCUGUCUGGCCGAGGCAGCGGCCCAUCGCCCUCUCCUGUUGGCUCCCCCGUGGGCUCUAACCAAUCACGCUCCGGCUCUGGCCCAAUCUCCCCAGUUAGUGGCCCAACCACAGCACAAGGGUCCCAGAUGCCCCCCCAGAUCCCCGUCAACAUGUCGGAUGUCCCUCACUCCCCCUUGACGCAGUCCCCCAUGCCUCAGGAGAGGGGCUUUAUGUCCAACAUGCAGAGAAACCAGUCUGGCUCCCAGUUUGCACCACCACUACCUCAGUCGGGGCCUUCCAUGUCCCCUCACCCCUCUCCUGGUCCUGGUCCUGGAGGACAAAUGUACCCAGGGAUGGGGCCCAGGCCCUACCUCCAGGGUGGCUCCAGUGGCCCCUACGGACCCCAGGGAUCCCAGGCAAACCAGUAUGGACCCCAAGGUAACUACCCACGUCCACCCAACUACGGCGGGACCCCCAGUGCCAACUACAGCGGCCCCGGCCCUGGCAUGACCAACAGCCUGGGUAUGAAUGCCAGCAGCCCCAUGCACGGCCAGGGUCCCGGGCAGCCCAUGCCCAUGGGCCGCAGUCUUGGCGCGGGCAGCCGACCCUACCCCAACAUGGCCCCCAGUUCCCCCAGUAUGCCCCAGCCGGCAGGCCCAGGGAUGGGCCCUCCUUCACUGGGCAACGUCAACCGCAAGGCCCAGGAGGCAGCCGCUUCCGUUAUGCAGGCCGCAGUCAACUCUGUACAGAGCAGACAGGGCAGCUACCCAGGCCCUGGCAUAAACCAGAUGGUGCCCCCCAUCAACCAGUCGCAGGGCAACAACUCAGGCAUGGGCACGCCACAGGGUCCACCCUACAAUAUGCCACCCUCAGGGCCCAUGGGGAUGGCUGGGGAUGGGAUGGUGACUCCUGCUGGGAAGCAGAAAAUGGAUGGCAAGGAGGAGAGCAUGCCCACCAAUGAACCUCCCAGACCCAAGGAUGGCUACAGUGGAUCCCAGUGUGUCUCCCAGCCUACCACCCCUGGUGCCAUGCCUGUCCCCUCUCCCCUGUCCCCCAGCCCAGCCAGCCUGUCCUCCUACCAUGGGGAUGACAGUGACAGCAUUAGUAGCCCCGUCUGGCCAAAGACUCCCUCCAGCCCUAAGCCCAACUCGUCCACCAUGACUAACGAGCGAAUCACACGUCUGUAUGAUAUGGGUGGGGAGCCGGAGAGGCGUGGCUGGGUGGACCGCUACCUGUCCUUCAUGGAGGAGAGGGGUACACCUGUUCCCCACCUCCCUGCCGUGGGCAAGAAGCCCCUGGACCUCUACAGACUGUACAUGGUGGUCAGGGAGAUAGGGGGCCUGGCCAUGGUGAACAAGAACAAGAAGUGGCGAGAGCUGUCCACUAGUCUGAGUGUUGGUACCUCCAGCAGCUCCGCCAGCUGUCUGAAGAAGCAGUACAUCCAGUACCUGUUUGCCUAUGAGUGUAAGGUGGAGCGGGGAGAGGACCCGCCGGCCGACAGCAACUGGGAACUGGGGGACAACAGGAAGCAGGCCAAGUUGCAGCCGCCCUCUCCUGCUAACUCAGGGUCCCUGCAGGGCCCCCAGACCCCCCAGUCGUCAGGCAGCAGCUCCAUGGCAGAGAUGUCAGGUGACCUGAAACCCCCCACCCCAGCCUUAACCCCCCAGGGCCAGGUCACCCCCAUCCCAGCCAGCAGGAACAGUGUGGUCAGUGUGCAGGACCCGUUCUCUGAGGUGAGCGACCCGGUCUUCCAGAAGCGUAACUCCCUUCCCCCGGGGGGCCCUGGGGGACCGUACCAGCAGGGGGUCAAUAUGCCCCCUGACGUGAUGAUGAGGAUGCAGUAUGAGAAGGACCCCUUCGCUGGCAUGAGGAAAGUGGCAGGAGGGGAUUCCUACAUGCCAGGCCAGAUGCCCAGCGGUGGCAUGCAGGAGAUGUAUGGCAGGCCUCCAUCAGGCAUGGGCCAGCGUUCCCAGUACCCAUACGGACCGGGCUACGACAGGAGACAUGAGGGUUACGGGCAGCAGUACCCUGGCAUGUCAUAUGGAAUGCACCCCUCAGGGAUGUACCCACAACAACAGGGUUACAAGCGCCCCAUGGAGGGUAUGUACGGCCCCCCAGGCAAGAGGCACGAGGGGGAGAUGUACGCCAUGCAGUACGGCAGCCAGCAGCCUGACAUGUACAACCAGUACAGCACUGGUUAUUCUGGUCCUGAGAGGAGGCCCAUGCAGGGCCAGUUCCCUUACCCCUCCCCCUACAGCCGAGAGCGCAUGCAGGCCUCUGGCCAGGGGCAGCACCCCCAGCACCCCAUGGGUCCCCAGAUGAUGGCCGGGGGGCCACCCUCCAACAACGGAGUGGAAGGACCCCAGGGGCCCAACAUGUGGCCCUCCAGGACAGACAUGGGUUAUCCCUACUCUAACAGACAGGGGGCACCCUCCCAGGUACCGCCAUACGGUCCUUUGGGGAGAGGAGAGGAUAUGGAGGGCCGACCCAUCCAAGAUGGUCAGUGGCUCGGGCAAGGAGGCCAUCGCCAGUCCUCCUACAUGUCAGGUGGUAUGACCCCUAUGUCCUCUCGCCAGCCCCCCUCUGCCUACCAGACCUCCCCCUCCAUGGCCAACCACCUGCCCCGAGCACCCAGCCCCGGCUCCUUCCAGCGCUCCAUGGAGGCACGGAUGUCCCCCAACAAAGCUGCCUAUAUGGGCUCCAUGAAGAUGCCAUGCAAACCGGGCAUGCCCAUGCCAGGGCAGGGUAGUGGGCACCCAGGCCAGGUCCCACCUAACCUGCGGAGAGACCUCAACUACCCUCUAGGAUCUGUAGAGGCCACCAUGCCCCUUCUCAAGCCCCGCCGCAAAAUGACCUCAAAGGACACUGGAACCCCAGAGGCGUGGCGAGUGAUGAUGUCUCUGAAGUCAGGUCUGCUGGGUGAGAGUACCUGGGCCCUGGACACCAUCAACAUCCUGCUGUAUGAUGACAGCACUGUGGCCUCCUUCACCCUCGCACAGUUGCCUGGCUUCCUGGAGCUGAUAGUGGAGUACUUCAGACACUGUGUGAUGGAGAUCUUUGGCAUCCUGGAGGAGUAUGAGAUAGGGACCAUCGGCCAGAAGACCCUCCUGGGGCCUGAAGCCUGUAACCAGGGGGAGGAGCUGACCUCUGAACCUGAGAUGGACUGUGAGGCCAGCCAACCAGAGCCUGAGCCUGAGCAGGAGGUGGAGAGGGGGGAGGUAGAGAAGGGGGAAGUAGAAAAUGGGGAGGACAAACCUGCUGACAUCACAGAGAAAAUGACAGUGGAACUGAUGUCUCCCCCCAGUGCAACGGAACCAGCCCCUGAGGGAAUGAAGGAGGAAUCUGAAGCCGAAGUGAAGGUAAAGAAGGAAGAGGGGGAGAAAGAACAGGAGGGAGAGAAAGAAAAAGGGAAAGAGGAAGGAGAAAAUCCCACCGAGAGUAAGAAAGCCACAGCUGAAAGUAAGGAAGACUAUCCUAAUCAGUCAGAGCCAAGGCCACAACAGGCCAGCAAGUACGACAAGUUUCCCAUUAAGAUCCUGCACAAAGAGGACCUGAUUGAGGACAUGACGGAGCAGCUGGCUCACGUGACAGAGUUCACUAGCGGACUGCUCCACUGGCAGGUAGGCGGGGGGGAUUCCACGGCCCACAUCCAGACCCACUUUGAGGGCAGGGGAGAGCAGCCUGACAGGACGGAGGGAGAGCGAGACGAAUGUGCCAUUCUGAAUAAAGAGCAGGAGACUGACUCAAGGACAGAGGAGAAGGGGAAUCGUAUCACCGCCACCAUCGAUGACAUACUGUGUGCCCGGCUCGAGGCUCUGUCAGAGGGCCACCCCACCCACUCUGCCCCCACCUACCCAUUCAGGCUGCACCAGGGCGGGGGCCACAUGCACAUCACCUUGCUGGAGGACGAGCCCCGCUGUUUGAACGAGGCUCCCCUCUCCACAGCUUCUCCUUGGCAGGACUCCCUGGCCAAGCGCUGUCUCUGUGUGUCCAACAUCCUCCGCAGCCUCUCCUUCAUCCCUGGGAACGACUCAGACAUGUCCCAUCACCCAGGCCUGGUGCUGAUCCUGGGCAGACUGCUGCUGCUCCACCACCAGCACCCAGAGAGGAAGAGGACGUCCCCUAGCUACCAGAGAGAGGAGGUGCAGGAGCGGGGCCUGGCCUGCAGUAAGGACGAGUGGUGGUGGAACUGUCUCGCUACACUCAGGGAGAACACCUUGGUCACUCUGGCUAACAUCUCUGGCCAGCUGGACCUMUCCCUCUACCCWGAGACCAUCUGCCUGCCCAURCUGYARGGCCUYCUCCACUGGAUGGUGUGUCCCUCUGCCGAGGCCCAGGACCCCUUCCCCUCGGCCGCCCCCCACUCCCCCCUAACCCCCCAGAGACUGGUGCUGGAGUGCCUGUGCAAGCUGAGCAURCAGGACAACAACGUGGACCUGCUGCUGGCCACGCCGCCCUUCAGCCGCCAGGAGAAGAUGUACGCCACCCUGGUGCGCUACGUGGGCCAGCGUAAGAACCAGGUGUACCGCGAGAUGGCCGUGGCCACCCUAUCCAACCUGGCUCAAGGAGACUCUACGGCAGCACGUGCCAUCGCCAUACAGAAGAAUAGUGUGGGUAACCUGAUGGGCUUCCUGGAGGAUGGGGUGAGCAUGGCCCAGUACCAGCAGAACCCCCACAGCCUGCUGCACAUGGCCCACCACCCCCCCAUGGAGCCCCCCAGUGUUAACAUGAUGUGUCGGGCUGCAAAGGCUCUGCUGGCUAUGGCCAAGGUAGAGGAGAACAGGCCAGAGUUUGUCUUGUACGAGGGCAGACUCCUGGACAUCUCCAUCUCCUCUGUGCUCAACCCGGGGGUAGCCAGCAUUGUAUGUGAAGUACUCUUUCAGUUUGUUAAAAAAUUAUGACAGGAGGAUAGACAGGCCGGAGUCAAGAGAUGGACAGAGAGACGAUGAGAUGAAAACCUUAUUCUGUGGUUUUAUAGUUUUAUUUAAAUUAAAUGGAAGAAAGUUUAUAUAUAUAUAUACAUAUAUAUAUAAACUUUCUUCUAGUUA